AUGACAAUGGUAUAUGCAUCGACGAAAGAAGAACGCGAAUCUCGAGCAAACAAACGACAAGUAAAAUUGUAUUCUGGGAUUCGAGCAGCACCUAUCGUUUGUAAUGAAGAAGGUUUUCAAGAAGAUCCCAUUGAUUGUGGUUUGUUUCAUAGAUGUGUGAAAACAGGGAGGGAUCGAUUUGUAUCUUUUCGAUUUCAGUGUAGUCCAGGAACGAUAUACGAUCCAGAUACUGAAAUUUGUAACCAUCCAGAAAAAACUAGAAGAGUUGCUUGUGGAGGAAGAAGUAACGAAAUUGAACGAAAUAACAAUGAAAUUAGUCAAGAAAUACCAUCCCCAAUAAGUACUAAAAAACCUAUGGCUAUAAUAAACCAAGAUAAAAAUAUUCCAACACUAAAACCAUUUAUUUCAAAUAGUAAAUUAGUCUCACAAUCAACCACAAAUCCAGUUUUAUUAACUAAAUCAACAACUACGGAAAUAAAAAAUGAUGAUAUUUACUAUAUGCAAAGCCCUUCUGUAAAUUUGAGAUUAACUACUCCAAAAAGUAUAGCUUUCAUUAAUCACCAGACGACUCUCCAGUCUGGAGAAAUUUGUACUUCGGGUGGUUUUAUGGGCGAUAGUGAAAAUUGUCGCAAAUUUUAUAGAUGUGUCGGUAAUCAACGAGGUGGAUUUAUAAGAUAUGAGUUCUUAUGCAGUGAUCCGACAAUAUGGGAUGAAGACAAACAAGCAUGUAACCAUGUCUGGAAUGUUAAGAGAAGACGAUGUGGACGAGGCAAUAUGUUUGAAAAUGAUAUUAAAAGUGACAAUCUCACUAAUAUAUUGAGUACUAGUAAAACGGAUAAACUUGACAAAGAGCAGCAUCCUAAUAAGCAGAUUCAAUCUCAAAUUAAUUAUGGUUCGAAAGUUAUUCAAACACAAACUCAAAUAAGCAAGGGUGCUGUCAACCAAAACCAAACUCAAAUAAACUAUGAAAAUGCUGAAAAUGUUAAACAAAACCAAACACAGAUUAGUUAUGGAACAGUUAUAAGUCAAAUUCAGAGUCAAAUUAACUUUGGUAAUAAAGGAACUCAAACACAGUUACAAAUUAACCAUUCAAAUGAUUCUAGUCAAAUGCAAAGCCAAGAUAUUAAACCAAUGAGUACUACGCCCGUUGCUACCAAUAACAUUCCUUAUAAUGUUAGCAGCACAACAAUGGAAAUUACAAGUAAUGGUUGCACUGAAAGUGGUUUCAUGGGUGAUACAAAUGAUUGUAAAAAAUUUUACCGAUGUGUAGAUAGUGGCAAAGGUACUUAUAUUAAAUAUGAGUUUUUUUGUAGUGAAGGAACAGUCUGGGAUCCUAAAGUUGAAUCAUGUAAUCAUGCAUGGGCUGUCAAAGAAUGCGGUGUUACAGAGUCUUCUUUUCAAUAUACAAAUGAAAUGGGAAAUCAUUUGACCACAGUUAAACCUAGCCCAAUAAUAUUAUCAACAACUUCUUCGUCUGAAAAUUAUUAUAUAUCGAAAGAACCCAUAACAGAGGACAAUGAAAUAUCAUAUGGUAACCAGCCAUCGUCUUUUGCAACUGGCAAGCCAAUAUCAUCAACAGUACUAUCAACAAUUUCAUCAACUGAAAAUUAUUAUAUAUCGAAGGAACCUAUAACAGAGGAGAAUGAAAUAUCAUAUGGUAACCAGCUAUCGACUUCUGGAACUAGUAAACCGAUAUCACGACUGACUACUUUAUCAACAAAACCAGAUAGUGGCACCAAAUGUAAAUCAACUGGAUUUUUUGGUGACAAAUAUGAUUGCAAGAAGUUUUAUAGAUGUGUUGACAAUGGAAAUGGGCAAUAUAUACGUUAUGAAUUUAGUUGUGGUGAAGGUACUGUGUGGGAUUCCAAAAUUGAAGCUUGUAACCAUGCGUGGGCUGUCGAAAAGUGUGGAAGCAAUCAAAAUACUGAUAUGGAAAUAAUGCCUACCAAAGCAACACAAGUUACAUAUCCUCUACCACAGUUAACUUCUCCUACAUCACAACAAAAUGAUGACUAUGAUACUGGUUAUGGUUCUCAUCAAGAAUCUACGUCAGAAACACUAACAAGCUUAAACACCAAAAUUACAACAGAGAUAACAACAAUCACCACUACCACAGUAUCCCAAAAUCAAUAUGAAGUUACAAAAACUGUAUGUAAGACUAGCGGUUUCAUAGGCGAUCCUAAAGAUUGUAAAAAAUUCUAUAGGUGUGUUGAUAAUGGUGAUGGUUCAUAUACAAAAUAUGAAUUUUCGUGUGGCGAAGGAACUGUUUGGGAUGCUAAAAAUCAAGUUUGUAAUCAUGCGUGGGCAGUUAAAAACUGUGGUGAGAAUAAUGUCAAUGAUGUAAAUGAAAUUAAAACAACAACUCAUAAGGGAUUUGAAAAUAUGACAUCAACUGCUGCAACCACGACCAUUGGUACUACUACCAUAUCUAGUACUACUAAUCAGACUGAACACCAAUCCAUAGAUAACACUUUAUGUCAAUCUAAUGGCUUUAUAGGGGAUAACAUUAACUGCAAAAAAUUUUACAGAUGUGUUGAUGAUGGUAACGGUGGAUAUACUAAGUAUGAAUUUACAUGUGGUGAAGGUACUGUAUGGGAUCCUGAAAUUAAAGCUUGUAAUCACGCCUGGUCAGUACAAAAUUGUAGUAGCAGUGGCACUAACAAAUACCCAGAAACAACUACUCAGACUCUUGAUAUUACAAAUAGUCAAGAUUCUGACAACCCUUCCACACAAAAAGAUGAAUAUACGGAAAAACCAAAACAAACUACUAUUUCAAGUAUAACUUCUAGCCCAAUUAGUGAUAUAGAAACAAACAUAAAAUGUAAUGUCAAUGGAUUUUUUGGUGAUAAAAAAGACUGUAAAAAGUUUUAUAGAUGUGUAGAAGAUGGGCGAGGGGGCUUCAUCCAAUAUGAGUUUACUUGCAGCGAUGGGACUGUUUGGGAUCAAAGUAUAGAAUCUUGCAAUCAUGAAUGGGUGGCUAAAAACUGCACGCAUUCAGAAAGUUACAAUAAUAUCACUACACCCACAUUUACAGAAUUCAGUAAUGAAGGUCAACAAUCUACAGAGGCGACCACUUCUACUAGUUUAACUAGCCAACCGUCAAGUGAAACUUGUGAAAAAGAAGGCUUUUAUGGAGAUGAAUCUAAUUGCAAAAAAUUCUAUCGAUGCGUUAAAAAUGGCCAAGGCGGGUAUACGAAGUAUGAGUUUGUUUGUGGAGAUGGUACUACUUGGAAUCCAGAAAUACAAGGAUGCGACCAUGAGUCAUCUGAUAAAUCUUGUAAACCACCAAUUUCUACAUCAUCAACAAAGAAACCAGAUAGUGACAACGAUGAAUUAAAUAUAACUUCUUUCUCCAAUGGUACAACACUAACGCCAAGUGAGCUUUACACUGAGCCCGGAAAAGAAGAAUCAUCCGAAGAUAAUUGUAAAAGUGAAGGGUUUUAUGGUGAUUCACAAAAUUGUAAGAAAUUUUAUCGUUGUGUAGAUAAUGGCAAAAACGGUUACACAAAAUAUGAGUUCACUUGCGGAGAAGGAACAAUUUGGGUUCAGGAAAUACAAGCUUGUGAUCAUGAUAACGAUGUUGAAAGUUGUGGUAGUUCACAUUCUACAUUUAAGCCACAGGCAACAACAGAUAAAGUUCAAUCAACAACACAAAUUACACCACAAAGCACAGUUAAAGAAAAUGGUGACCAUUCGUAUGAAACCUCUACUAAACCAACUUCUGUUCAAUGUACUUCAGAAGGUUUUUAUGGAAACCAAUACGAUUGUACCAAAUUUUAUCGUUGUGUAGACAAUGGUCAAGGAAGUUUAAUAAGAUAUGAUUUUGCAUGUGGCGAAGGUACGGCGUGGGAUCCUAAUAUUGGAACAUGUAAUCAUAUUAGUGAAGUUAAGAAUUGUAAAAAUUCAAAUCAACAAGAAAAUCAUAUAAUGCACGAAGAAGAAGUAUUACAGUCUACGGAAUCAACUAGUACCACCAAAGGUAGUACUUCUUCCAGUGAAAGCUUUAACUUGAAUAAUAAUGUUUGUAAACAAGAAGGAUACUUUGGUGAUACCGAAGAUUGCUCUAAAUUUUAUAGAUGUGUAGACGAUGGUAAAGGUGGAUAUACAAAAUAUAAUUUUGAUUGUGGCGAAGGCACUAUCUGGGAUCAAGAUAUUACAACAUGUAAUCAUCCUCAAGACGUAAAUAAUCCGUCUUGUAAGAAUAAUGGUGAAGGAACAUCAUCAUCAGAAAGUACUUCGAUAAGUAGUUCUAUAUCACAAACAACUACUAAUACGGAAAAGCAAAAUACUUCUUCUUGUGAGCAAGAAAAUACAAAUAAAAACCCGGAGAGCCAAAAGAUCAAAUGUGAAAAAGCUGGAUACUAUGCAAACCCGGAUGACUGUAAAAAAUUUUACAGGUGUGUCGACUGGGACGGCAAUGGUGAAAAAUUUUCAGUUUUCCAUUUUGAAUGUGGAGAAGGCACAAUAUGGGAUCCUCAACUUGACACAUGUAAUCAUGAAGACUCUGUUUACCCACCACGAAACUGUAGUGGUCAAAGUGAAAAUAUGGGGCAAGAAACAACUACAACUGAACAAAUGACCAGUGAGAGUACUACUCAACAAGCAACACUUGGUGAACAAACAACACAACAACCCAAUUCUAGUGAACAGACAACAACUCAACAUUCGACAUCUACUAGUACUCAACAAACAACUACUGAACAAUCUACCAAUCAACAAACUAAUACCGAACAGACCACUACUGAAAAGACAACCACUAAACAGACUACAACUGAACAAACAACCACUGAACUGACUACUACUGAACAGACAACUACUAAACAGACUACCACUGAACAGACGACCACUGAACAGACCACCACUGAACAGAUCACUACUGAACAGGCCACUACUGAACAGGCCACUACUGAACAGGCCACCACUGAACAAACCACCACUGAACAAACCACCACUGAACAAACAACCGCAGAGCAAACGACCACUGAAAGCACUACGACCGAACAAACUCAAAAAACCACAACAGAACAGCAGACUACUACCGAACAAACUACCUCUACAACUGAACAAAAUACAGAAUAUCAAAGCACUACCUCUGCCAGUAACACGGCAGCUACAGAAAAUGAUAGUACUACUACUACCGAAAGUGACCAAGGAACAACGACAGAAGAACCUUCAAAUAAAGAAUGUCCUGAUACUGAUGACGAUCAGUAUUUGUAUGUUUGUCCAACGUCAUUUAGAAGACAUCCUAAAUAUUGCAAUAUGUUUUAUCAAUGUACAGAAGAUGACAAUAACGGAAUGAAAAUAGCGACAUUCACGUGUCCAAACAAUACUAUUUAUGAUGAAAGCAAAAUACAGUGUGUUGAAGAGAAUAAGGCUGAUAAAAAAUGUAACGGGCAGAUAGCGCGAAAGUAUAGAUUAAAGCGUUUCAAUUCAUACUCAAAAGAUCCGAUUCAAGUGGACAGAGAUAAACACCCAUGCCCUAAUAAUGGAUAUCAUCCUUUUGAGAAGAAGAAUGAAUGUUCCUUAGUAUUUUUGAAGUGUUCACAAACCAAAUCAGGAAAAUUACGAGGGUACGUUUACCAGUGUCCAGAAGGUUAUGUGUAUUGGUCAAUUAGCAAAAGAUGCGAAAAAAGAGAAAGCAUGAAAUAUUGCCAAGAAUCAUCAAGUAGAAACUGGAGUAAUAGAUGGGAGCUACCAAUUGAAAGAAAAAAUAUAGCUAAGUAAUGAGUUUGAAUGUAAUUUAGAUGAUAAAAGACAUCAUAUUUAGUAGCUAACUACCAUUGUAUGAAUGUAAUACAUUUUAUGUAUAUAAUCGAGACAUUACAAUAACAAACAAAUGAAACAAUACAAGUACAAACCGAUGAUAUUUGAAAAUUAUAAAAGGAUAUGUAUAAAAUACAUACGAUGGAAGAAAAUUAUUUAACAUAUUCAGAUCUCGAAAAAUGAAAUAUUUAAAUGUAAGUUUAGGUGCAAUUAAGGGAACCUGUAUAUUCCUAAUAAACCUCGACACUAUGUCGCCGAACUAAAAUUGAUAUUACUAGAAACUCGAACACCGAGUCGAGUAGACCAUUGUGGAACUCAUAAUAUUUUAUAUGUUGUACGAUAUUGAUGGGUAGUCUUCAAUAAUUGCGACCGUCAGUUCUUAACCAGAGCAAAUUACUUCUGUUCACAAGAAAAAAACAAAGCAAUGCAGUAUAUUAUAUUUCAUGACAUGACAUGAUUUUAAGGUUUUUAAUCAUAACUAAUUUCUAAGUAGUAACAGAAUAACUAAAUGUAGCAAAAUGUGAUGUCCGUUACUUCCAGUGGAUUUUAAAAUGCAUAUUUAUUUAAAAAUAAUAAACUAAAAAUACCAAUGACAACAUACAAUAAAAAUUUCUUGUCAUCUAGUCUAAUAAUUUUAUCUGUGACAAUACUUUUGCUGCCAUAAUUUUAAGGAGUGACCAACGAAAAAUUUACUCUAAAACUUGUGACCAAAAUGUUGUUUACUUAUAACUAAAUAACGAUGUGCCUAGUAAACAAUAUUUUUAGCACGAUUUAAUUAGUGUUAUUAUGUAGUGAGUAUAAAAAUAAAAUCACAUUUCAAUUUGUACCGAUUUUUUAUUUUAUUUUCCCACUGUAAUAUGUAAUAAAAAUAUUAAGAAUACAAAAAUUUAUCAAAAUAUUUAACAAGCAUGCGUUACUUAAACGAAGUUGAAGUAUAGAAUGUUUAAAUAAAGAAAUUUAAAAUUCACAGCAAAAUUACAUCGAUACCAUUACAUGA